AGGUAGCAAUACAGUUCGCCGACAGUGUACGUGCCCUUUUCAGGGAGCGUUGACGCGCUAAUCCCUUCCCUUCUUUAUCUUCCUUCUCUGUUCCUUCUGUACUUCACUAUUACUCUGCGUCUGCCAACAACAAAAAAACAUGGUGCAUUCAAAGAAGUUCAGAGGCGUCAGGCAGCGUCACUGGGGCUCCUGGGUCUCCGAAAUUCGCCACCCAUUGCUGAAGAGAAGGAUAUGGCUAGGCACAUUUGAGACGGCAGAAGAGGCAGCCCGAGCGUACGACCAAGCCGCCAUUUUGAUGAGCGGCCGCAAUGCCAAAACCAACUUCCCAAUAACUCAAACGCCGACAGGGGAGCCCAUGAGCAGCGAAGAUCCGCUGUCGUCGCCGAAGGAUUUGUCUGAAAUCCUACAUGCGAAGCUUCGAAAAUGCAGCAAGGCGCCGUCCCCAUCCAUGACUUGUCUUAGGCUUGACACCGAGAGUUCUCACAUAGGAGUGUGGCAGAAACGUGCGGGGCAACGGUCUGAUUCGAAUUGGAUCAUGACCGUUCAGCUUGGGAAUAAGAACAGCGCAGACGGUGGUGAUCAUGAUCAAAAUAGUUCAUUGCCUUUGUCUUCUGACGACGGCUCCCGGCCGGCAUUUUCUGGGCCGGAACUGCGAGCGGAGAUGGAUGAAGAGGAGAGAAUCGCACUGCAAAUGAUAGAGGAGCUUCUUAACGGGAAUUGUCCAAGCCCUUCAGGAGAGGAAAGGUUUUAACUUUUACCUCUAGUCUAGGCUCAUAUAUAUCUCAUGGUAUUUAUAUAUAUAUAUAAAGUUUGACUGGUAUAUCAUAUAUGUAUAGAAAAGUCUUGUGUAGUAUAUAUAUAUAUAGAGAGAGAGAGAAAGAGAGCUUUCUUUAUAUAAGUGUUUAUGUGCACAAAGAGAAAGAGAUGAGAAGUAAUUGGGGUUUUAUGUACGUGAAGAGCUAGCUAGAGAACUCAUAUGAUACCAGAAACCAAAUCAAUGUCCAAGUUUGGAGCAAAUGUAGUAUGAGUGACAAUAAAUAAUACAAUUGUGUUUGUUU